CGCCGCCGGCCCCGGCCCGCGGGUGGCGGGCAUGCUGGCAUGGCAGGACGGCGGGGCCAAGGCGGCUCCGUCCCACCACAAGAUCUCCUUCUCGGUCCUGGACAUCCUGGACCCGCAGAAAUUCACCCGCGCUGCGCUCCCGGCCGUGCGCCUCGCUCCCCGGGAAGCCAAGAAAAGUUUGGCGGAGGUCGAAGCGGGGAAGGACGCCAGCCCCGGGGACCCGGGCCGACAGCGGGAGACCCCUGAUGCUGCGGGCCGAGGCGCCGGUCCGGCGUCCCCCCUGGAGGGCUCCGAGGCCGAGGAGGAGGAGGAGGACGUGGAGGACGCGGGACGGCCGCAGCGACGGGAGCGGGCUGCGUGCUUGCUGGGCGGCCCGGCGGCGCGCUCUCCCGAGGCCCGGGCUGGGGCGUUGACGGCUGGGGAGCGCGGCGCGGACGGCGGGGGCGGCCCCAUGGGGUCCCCCGGCUCGCCGGGCUCCCCGCGGCCACGGCGCCGGCGCCCGGAGCCCAACUGCGCCAAGCCGCGGCGCGCGCGCACCGCCUUCACCUACGAGCAGCUGGUGGCCUUGGAGAACAAGUUCCGGACCACGCGCUACCUGUCCGUGUGCGAGCGCCUGAACCUGGCGCUGUCGCUCAGCCUCACGGAGACGCAGGUCAAAAUCUGGUUCCAGAACCGCAGGACCAAGUGGAAGAAGCAGAACCCGGGCGCCGACGGCGCGGCGCAGGCGGGGGGCGGCGCGCCCCAGCCCGGGACGCCCAUGGCUGCAGCUGGGGCCUGCGGCGGCGGGGGCGGCGGCACGGGGGGCAGCCCCGGCCCGCCGGGCCCUGGCGCUCUGUCCUUCCAGACUUUCCCCUCCUACUCGGCGGCCAACGUGCUCUUCCCGGCCGCCGCCUCCUUCCCGCUGACGGCCGCCUCUGCCGGGAGCCCCUUCGCGCCCUUCCUCGGGCCCUCCUACUUGACCCCCUUCUACGCCCCGCACCUAUGAGCCGCAGCCCUCCGGCCCCAACUUGGUCGGGACUC